AUGCCUCCUGCCGUGACAGACAGCCUUGACAUCUGGGCAGUGGAUUCACAGAUUGGUACUGAUGGCUCAAUAUCUGUGGAUUUCCUCUUGCCCACUGGAAUCUACAUCAAUCUGGAUGUCCCUCGAGAUGCCACCAUAUCCCAUAUUAAACAGCUGUUAUGGAAGCAGGCACAUGCCUAUCCACUCUUUCAUCUCCUCCUGGAGAUUGACUCUUACAUGUUCUCAUGCGUGAAUCAGACUGCUGUACAUGAAGAAUUAGAGGAUGAAACACGGAGACUUUGUGAUGUUAGACCCUUUCUUCCUGUCCUUAAACUAGUGACAAGGAAUUGUGAUCCAGGAGAAAAGUUGGAUUCCAAAAUAGGUGUCCUUAUAGGCAAAGGUCUCCAUGAGUUCGAUGCCUUACAAGACCCUGAAGUGAAUGACUUCCGAGCUAAAAUGAGGAGAAUCAGUGAGGAAAAGAUUCAGUCACUUGUGGGCCUCUCCUGGAUGGACUGGUUAAAGCACACUUACCCACCAGAACAGGAACCUGUUAUCCCAGAGAGCUUCCAAGAUAAGCUCUAUAGUGGAAAUCUUGUAGUGGCUGUUCAUUUUGAUAACUGCCAGGAUGUAUUUAGUUUUCAGGUGUCUCCUAACAUGAAUCCCAUCAAGCUGAAUGAGCUGGCAAUCCGAAAACGUUUGACUAUCCAUGGAAGAGAAGAUGAGGAAGUUGAUCCUGCUGACUAUGUGCUACAAGUUAGCGGAAGGCUAGAGUAUGUUUUUGGUGAUCACCCAUUAAUUCAGUUUCAGUAUAUACGCAACUGUGUGAUGAACAGGACUCUUCCUCAGCUGACUCUGGUUGAGUGUUGCACCAUAAAGAAAAUGUGCGAGCAGGAGAUGAUUGCCAUAGAAGCUGCCAUAAACCGCAAAUCAUCCAACCUUCCUCUUCCUCUGCCACCCAAAAAAACAAGAACAAUAACUAGUGUAUGGGAUAUUUCCAACCCUUUCAAGAUUAUUCUGUUAAAGGGUAAUAAACUAAAUACAGAAGAAACUGCCAAAGUUCAUGUUAGAGCUGGUCUUUUCCAUGGUACAGAGCUCCUUUGUAAAACUAUUGUAAGCACAGAAAUAUCUGGGAGAAGUGACCACGUUUGGAAUGAAGUACUAGAGUUUGAAAUAAAUGUCUGCGAUCUACCAAGAAUGGCAAGGCUCUGCUUUGCAGUUUAUGCUGUGAUGGAUAAGAUGAAAACUAAAAAGUCAACCAAGGCAAUGAAUCCUUCCAAAUACCAAACUAUUAGAAAAGCAGGAAAAGUGCAUUAUCCUGUAGCCUGGGUAAAUACCAUGGUAUUUGAUUAUAAAGGACAAUUGAAGAAUGGAGAACUGGUACUGCACAGCUGGUCAUCAUUUCCUGAUGAACUUGAAGAAAUGUUGAAUCCAAUGGGAACCGUCCAGACUAACCCUUACACUGAAAAUGCAACAGCUUUGCAUGUUAGAUUUCAAGACUAUUCAAAGCAGCCUAUUAAUUACCCUCCCUUUGAUAAGAUACUUGAAAAGGCCGCUGAGAUUGCAAGAAGCAGUGACAAUGCUGCAAUGACGGGUCGUGGUGGUAAAAAGUUUUAUGUUGUGCUAAAAGAAAUAAUGGAAAGAGAUCCUUUAUCUCAACUCUGUGAAAAUGAAAUGGAUCUUAUUUGGACUUUGCGAUAUGACUGUCGUGAAAAUUUUCCACAAUCAUUGCCAAAACUGCUGCUCUCUUUAAAAUGGAACAAACUUGAAGACGUUGCUCAGCUUCAGGCUCUUCUUCAGAUAUGGCCCAAGCUGCCGCCUAGAGAAGCGUUAGAGUUGUUGGAUUUCAAUUAUCCGGACCAGUACGUCAGAGAAUAUGCAGUGGGCUGUUUAAAGCAAAUGAGUGAUGAAGAGCUCUCUCAGUAUCUUCUUCAACUUGUGCAAGUCCUGAAAUAUGAACCUUUUCUUGAUUGUGCACUCUCCAGAUUUCUAUUAGAGAGAGCACUCGCUAACAGGAGAAUAGGACAGAUGCUGUUUUGGCAUCUAAGGUCAGAGGUUCACAUACCUGCUGUUUCAGUACAGUUCGGUUUGAUACUUGAAGCUUACUGCCGAGGAAGUGUUGCUCAUAUGAAAGUGCUUGCCAAACAGGUGGAAGCCCUUAAUAAAAUGAAGACUUUAAAUAGUCUAAUUAAGUUAAAUGCCAUGAAGCAAAGUAAAGCAAAAGGAAAAGAUGCAAUGCAUACGUGUUUGAAACAAAACUCUUACAGAGAAGCACUUUCUGACCUCCAGUCUCCUCUGAAUCCUUCUGUUAUACUUUCAGAACUACAUGUUGAGAAGUGUAGAUACAUGGAUUCUAAAAUGAAGCCUCUGUGGAUAGUAUACAACAAUAAAAUGUUUGGAGGAGAUCUUGUAGGGAUCAUCUUUAAAAAUGGUGAUGAUCUCCGACAGGACAUGUUGACGCUCCAGAUGUUGCGUUUGAUGGACAUACUUUGGAAAGAAGCUGGACUGGAUCUCCGAAUACUGCCAUAUGGCUGUUUAGCAACUGGAGAUCACUCUGGCCUUAUCGAGGCUGUUUCUAGCUCAGAAACCAUUGCUGACAUUCAGUUAAAUAGUAGCAAUGUUGCUGCUGCUGCCGCCUUCAACAAAGAUGCUCUCUUAAACUGGCUGAAGGAAUACAAUUUAGGAGAUGACUUGGAUCGAGCCAUUGAAGAAUUUACUCUGUCGUGUGCUGGCUACUGUGUAGCUACUUACGUAUUGGGGAUUGGUGACAGACACAGUGACAAUAUCAUGGUCAGAAAAAACGGUCAGCUCUUUCAUAUAGAUUUUGGGCAUAUUCUUGGAAAUUUCAAGUCCAAGUUUGGAAUUAAAAGGGAACGGGUACCUUUCAUACUCACCUAUGAUUUCAUUCAUGUUAUUCAACAAGGAAAAACAGGGAACACUGAAAAAUUUGGUCGGUUCCGCCAGUAUUGUGAAGAAGCAUACUUGAUUCUGCGAAAACAUGGAAACCUCUUUAUUACACUCUUUGCACUGAUGUUAACUGCAGGGCUUCCAGAGCUAACCUCUGUCAAGGACAUCCAGUAUCUCAAGGACUCUCUUGCUUUAGGGAAGAGUGAAGAAGAAGCACUAAAGCAAUUUAAGCAAAAGUUUGAUGAAGCACUCCGAGAAAGUUGGACUACUAAAGUGAACUGGAUGGCUCACACUGUUCGAAAAGAUUACAGAUCCUAGAAGAUUUUUGCAUUUGCACUAAGCUGAAUGUUACCUUGAUAAGUGUUUUUAAAGGGAAGCUGUAGUACGGGCCAACAAAACUUUAAAUGAGGACGUAAACAAAACAACAACAAAAAGAAAUGGACUGAAAUAAUUCCUGAGUCUUUUGCACUCUGCUUCUGAAUGCUUGAUUUCAAGACUGUCUCUACAAAUAGUGAACAUCCUGGAUAAUCAGUUCCU